AUGCCAUACUCGGAUGAGGUCAAUCGUUUGGUCCAAGAAGGCUCCAAGUCCUACGCAUCGAAAGAGUUUGACCUAGCUUCGGAAAAGUAUGGGAAAGCAUGCGAGGUGUUCUCGACUGAACACGAGGGUGAAGAGGAUGGUGAUUUACUAUUUCUAUACGGAAAAGCCUUGUUUCAAAGCGGGGUGAGCAAAAGUGAAGUUUUAGGAGGAGUCAGUGCUUCUGGUCAAGGCGACGCUGAAGAAAACGAAGAGAAUGGCGACUCUGAAGAUGCCGAUGGCGAAGGGGGCAAUAAAUUUCAAUUUUACGAUGCAGAGCCCAUUGAAGGUGAGGUAGCAGCAGAAAACAGCGAGCAAGAGGAGGGAGACGCAGAGGAAAAAGAUGUGGAAAAUGAAAAUGCAGAGGAGAAGAAGGACGAGGGUGGUGAGGACGAAGAAGCCGACGAAGAGAGUGGUCAAGAACCCGGUGAUUUGGAGAUGGCGUGGAUCAUUUUAGAUGCAACCAGAGCCGUUUUCGAAAAACAGCUUGAGUCUGCCAUCAAACCCACACAAUUGCCUCCUUAUAUAAGUAAACCAGAUGACGCCAUUGACAAUGACUAUGUCAAGGUGUUGAAGAAAUUGUCUGAAACGUAUGACAUUCUAGGUGAAGUAUCAUUGGAAAUGGAGAAUUUCCCGCAAUCGGCACAGGAUUUCACUAAAUCACUUGAAUUGAGGUCAGAAUUGUUCCCAUUUGAAUCCCCACUUGUGUCUGAAUCUCACUAUAAACUAGCGCUCGCAUUAGAGUUUUGUGUUGAAGACGGUGGCCAAGAUGUGACUGAAGCCCGACAAAAUGCCGCUAAACAUAUUCAAGAGGCUAUCAAAUCAACGGAGGCGAGGAACGAAAAGGAGACUGACGCGUCUGUGAAAAAGGACAAUGAGGAGAUGAUUGGAGAGUUGAAGGAAAAGUAUCAAGAUUUGAUCAAAGAUCCAAGCGAGCAGUUGCAACAAGAACAAUUGGAUAUCAUGAAGGGAAUAUUGGGAAGUGAAGCAGCUGGUGCAAAUGCUGGUCAAGCCAUCAUUAACAAUUUGACGUCAAUUGUAAAGAAAAAAGGGGAAGAAGGUAAUAGUAGUAGUAGUAGUGGUACUACUACUACUGCUACUACUGGCAACAACAACCCCGCGGCCAGUGCACCUAAGCCGGUCAAUGACUUGUCAGGAUUGGUGAAAAAGAGGAAACCAAGUAAGGACCAUAGUGCUUCAAAAAAGGCAAGAAAGUGA